AUUGAAGGACUCCCUUGAGCAGACUGUCAGUCUGUGGUAAAGAAUGAAAACUACUGCUCUCAAUACAAGUUCCAUCUCAAACAUUUGAAGAAUCCCCUGAAUGAGGCUUUAGUCUCCGAUAAACGAGGACGACUGUUGGCUCUGGGGAUUCCAGGAGCCAUGUCGUUGCAUCAAGUGAGUGGGAUACUUGUGCUCUUUAGUUUAAAUCUUGUUUUCUUCCCACAACACUGUGAUGGAGGAAACAUUCUGGUGUUCCCUGUGGACGGCAGCCACUGGCUCAAUAUGAAGAUUCUGCUUGAAGAACUUCAUUCCAGAGGACACAACAUCUCUGUGAUCAGGGUCUCGAAAAGCUGGUACAUUCCAGAAACAUCUCCCCUCUACACAUCCAUUGAAAUUGAAGUGGAUGCAGGCUUGGAACACUUUUAUGAUGCAUACAUACAGGAACAUAUUAAGGCACAGAGAAAAGGAGCUUCAACGCUGACUUUCAUAAAACUCACAAAGGAUUUUUGUUCCAUGAUUGUUGAUGGCCAUUCCCUUUGGCGUGAUGCUAUGAUUCAGUUAUUUGAGAAUCAAAAUUUGGUAAAAAGUUUAAAAGAUUCCCAUUAUGACCUGGUUCUUGCUGAUCCAGCCAUUGGACCAGGGGUUGUGUUAGCAAAAUAUCUUAAUCUACCGUUAGUCCUCAACGUGCGCUGGAUCACCAGUGGAGAAGGCCACUUUGUGCUGGCCCCAUCACCGCUUUCUUACAUCCCAGUGCCAGGAUCUGGUUUAACGGACAAAAUGAGUUUCUUCCAGAGGGUCAAAAACAUGCUCUUCCAUGGCCUUGUACUGUUCCAGCAAAAAUUCUUGUUGCAGCCCAUUUAUGAUGCCAUGUGUGAAAAAUACGUUGAAGGUGGAUGCAACCUCGUCUCGCUGCUUCAGGAAGCCGACAUCUGGCUGUUCAGGUCAGAUUUUGUGUUUGACUUCCCUCGGCCAACGAUGCCAAAUGCUGUUUAUAUCGGAGGGUUCCAGUGCAAGCCUGCCCAGCCUCUUCCAGCAGACCUGGAGGACUUUGUUCAGAGUGCCGGAGAGCAUGGAGUCAUCAUCAUGAGUCUGGGAUCUUUGGUCAAAACUUUGCCCAAAGAUGUUGUAGAAGAAAUAGCCACAGUUUUUGCCACAAUGCCUCAAAAGGUGAUAUGGAAACACAAAGGGGAGCGACCCUCUACCCUGGGCAAUAAUACCCUGAUAGUGGACUGGAUGCCACAGAAAGACCUCCUGGGUCACCCUCAGAUCAAAGUCUUUGUAGCUCAUGGAGGAACAAACGGAGUCCAGGAGGCCAUUUACCAUGGAGUCCCAGUUCUUGGUAUCCCCCUGUUCUUUGACCAGUAUGACAACCUUCUACGUCUGCAGGAAAGAGGAGGUGCAAGAAUCAUUAGGCUGGCUGAUGUUAAUGGACUCACAUUUGAAAAAGGUAUAAAGGAAAUUGUCUCCAACAGUAGUUAUAAGAUGAACAUGCAACGACUGUCACGUCUACACAGAGAUCAACAGGUCGCUCCCAUGGAUAAGGCUAUGUUCUGGGUAGAGUAUGUGAUGCGUAACAAAGGGGCUGCACACCUGCGUACCGAGGCCUAUAAGAUGCCCUGGUACUCGUACUACUGUUUUGAUGUACUUUUAUUUUUAAUUACUGCAACAAUUCUGCUCCUCUUUUCAGUUUUGGCUGUUUUUAGAUGCAUUUGCUGCUCUGGAAAAAGAAAGCUAAAAACAAAACAAAACUGAUUAAUUGCAUCUCUAGGGUAAAGGCUGGUUUAGAUAUCUCUUUUCUUACCAUUAAAAGUAGAAAAAUGUGUCCACCGAUGUAUGAAAAUUUGACCGGUGAUAAAGCAUUGUUGAUUUUAAUAAUUAUAAACUUCAUAAUUUGAAUUCAAACAGCUUUGGAUGAACCUCUUGCUGUUAGACCUGAUGACUAAAAAUCAGCUUAAAACGAUGCUGAAAACUUUGACUUCACAUCUACACAAUGUGCAGAAUAUUUUGGCAGAACAAUUAUGAAAGGAAUUUCCUUUUCCCUCAUUUGACAGGUCUGUUUUGGAUCAGAUCUCAUCAUACUCAGAACUGCUGUUUGAAAUCAUACAAGUUUGGGAUUUUGCCAUAAAACAUUUUAAAUAAAAAAAGGAAAUAUGAACAUUUUAAAAAGUGUGGUUGAAUGAAAAAACAUUUUUUAUGUUUUUUUUUCUGGUUAUAAUCAGUCACUGAGUUUUUCAUGCAGGCUUAACAUGAAAAAAGUCUCCUACACCUAUGUCCUACAGUAUCUUCUGAUAGAACAUAAAUUGUAAAAAUCUAAGAUUAGAAAAUCCUCACAGAUCUACAUCACACUGUGAAUUAGCAAUCAUAGACUCACCGAUCUUGACUCAUGAUUGGGAAGGCUGUUGUUGGUUUAGCAUCUGGCAAUCAGCUGAGGAAGUCUCAGGGGAAACAAAACACUGGUGCACCAUUUCCAGGAGCUAGAAGUAAGCUACAGAACACCUGAGCUUCUGACGGCAGGUUUUGGAGUCUUAUUUUCUGACAUAGAGCAACGUGACACUACGUCUGACUCCAUUUGCUGCAGUAUUGCUGUUUUAGCUCCACAAGUAUCGCAAGCCUGGAGGAGCUUCUGCUGUGUUGUGGAGUUGCUAAUGCUAACAAUUAGCUUCUACUAGCUGAGACGUUCUCUGCUGUUUCCUGGAAGCUAAACCAACAACAUUCUUCGCUGUCACAAGUCAAGAACGGUGAAUUCAUAAAUGUUAAGUGGCAGUGUGACGUAGAACUGUGAGGAUUUUCAAAUCCUAGAGUUUCAUUGUCUGUUUUCUAUCAGAAGCUAAUGCAAGAGAUAGUUGUAGGAGACUGUUUUCAUGUUCAGCCUACAUGAAAAAGUCAGAGUAACUGAUUCUAAUAAGAAAUAAUAUUUUUAAAAUGGUUUUUUAGUGUUCCACACCUUUAAUAAAUUUUGAGGUUUUCUAGAGCAAAGGGGAGUUCAAUGCCUUACCUAAUGACACUUUGACUUGUUCUUGGCUCAGGGAAAAGCAAACAGCUUUGAGAAAAAGUACAAACAAGUAGAAUUUGCACACCGAGACUUACAAGAUAACUUUGAACUUUUUGUAAUCUGGACAAUAGCGAUUAAAGGGUACUUACAAAAAACACAGUUUCACAAUUGAGUCACUUCUAAACUAAGAUUUGCACGAGGAUGAUGAUCUUGGUUUACAAAGAAGAAUGUAUUGGAUCAAGUUUGUGUAUAAACUUUCAAAAUGUGAAAAAUGUAAUAAACAAUGUGAUUUUACAAA